AUGUCUACGGCCAUAAAGUUCGUCUCCCUCUUCUUCUUCUUACUCCUUAUGGUUGAAUCAUCCACCGCAAGAGAUAUCCAACUUGUGUUUACCGAUAAGCUCGGGGAAGACGGAACAUAUUUACUAAGGAGGCCACAUGACUCAGAGAUUGAUUAUUUCCAUAUGUUUGCUUGGGAGAUAGAAGAUUUGCAACGCGAAGCAGACGAGAAGUACCCGCUCUGGAGAUCUACAAAUUAUUUGAACCGGUCUUUGUUUCUUUUAGAGAAAGCUCAGGAUUUUGUUGACCUUUGGGACGAGGAGCGGAAGAGUAAAAUUUCAGGAAACCCUUAUCUAUACAAUGGCUUGCGGAACAAGGUUCAAGGUGAAUUGUGGCCUAAUCACUAUGAUUACUGCCGUCAAUCUGAGGGCACAAAUCUCUUGACGCACUUGAUGUAUGAUUUUUGUCGUAAAUCUGAGGGUGAAAAUCUCCUCAGGUACAUGACAUAUGGCCUCAGUCCAGAAGCUGCAAAGGGUUUAGUUCCUCCAUCGUCUAUUUAUUCUAGUCCCGGUUUCCCAGUUAGGUUUUUGUAUUGA